AUGCGCUCCAGGCACCUACCUGCGGCUGCCUGUACGGAGUCACUCGAGGCGGUGAUGGGGCAUGGCAGUGCAGAGCAAAGAGGUCCUGUCGAAUGGCUGGGGGAAGGAGCGUGCAGGUCCGGCAGAGAUAUGCAGAAGGAUGUCAUCGAGCCUCCCUCUCGGCCUCCGAUGCCAACUUUCGGAGAAAGAGUCUUCGCACAAGCACAGGCCUCGCCCCUUACAGCUCGAAGUGCUGGCGAAGACACAGACAGUUCAAGUGGCGACGAAAUCUGCUUCUCCGGGAAGCCGUUGCUGGCGUCUGAGCAAGCGGACUCUGUGCCGAAGGCGAGCCUGGGCACUCCUCCGAACCCAGAGCCAUCCAAGGAGGCGCGGCUGGCAGCUGCGCGAGCGCGGAUGCAGACGUUGGGAUGUUCCAAAAAGGAGCGGAAGGAUGCGCAGCAGGACAACUUGGAUAGGGGUGACGACAGUGCGAAGUGCAUCGAGUCACCGGCCGGCGACUUUGGAAGUGGCCCGGACGUCUCGAUGCUUCCAUCCAGCGUCUUUGAAAAACCCAAACGGAUGCAUGAACCUGGGACGGAGGCUGAGGCCCCUCACAGAGGUGACAGACCCAGGUCAGGUGUCACGAGCAGCGAGGGCAGUGAGGACGAGUCCCAGGAGCGCAAUCAGCGCAGCUGGUGGGCGCAGUUUUUCCGGCUUAGGCUACUUCAAACACCUGGAGCUGCCAGCCUUUGCGUGCCUUUGGCCCGGAUGGGUCUGCAGGAUACAGAUCUUCCAUCGGUGACGGCCAGCCUGGACCGGCUGCUCGAAGACCUGCGUGGUGAGCGGCUUGAGACACUUGCCGAAAGCAGCGGAAGCCUGCACCGGCCACCUGUGCGUGCUCUGCUCGAAAUAGACCUCUCAGACAACAGCAUCUCCGAUCCUGGCGCUGUCUUUCUCUUCCGCUGGCUCUUGCGGCGUCGCAAGGAGGUCCGGUGUCGAGCCAUCCGCUUGGCUCGCAACAAGUUGGGAGAUGCUUCGAUUGAGUGGCUUGCAGCCCUGAUCUGUGCGCAGCACUCUGCCAUCGAGGAAGUCCAUCUCUCACAGAACCGCAUCACAGGUUCUGGUGCUGGUCAGCUUCUUCUCUCGUUGGCCUUGCAUCCCUUCGAGGCCUAUCCUUGGCUGGACAAGCGUGGCCUCUUUGCCCCUGCUUGGGUCAGCCUGGACCAGAACAACGUUCAGGAGCCUGCAGGUCUACUCGGGCGUCUCCGGCUGCGCGCAGGCCUACGUGCCGUCUGCACCGACGGCCCGCAGCGGAAGUCCAGCUUCAAUGAGGCACCGCAUGUGCAGCUUGGUAGCAAUUUUCUGAGCUCCGUUGCGUCGCGCUCGAAGCCAUCCGUCCUGCCGCUGGCGUUGGAGAAGGUUUGUCAAGGAGGCUCUUGGCCACCUUUGCUUGAGACGGAGAAGCCGCUGCCGUAUCUUCCGCGGACAUCCUCUUCGAGUCUGACUGGGAUGGCACGUCAGACUUUUCGCAGGGAGUUGUUGGUGGACGAAGAAGAAGGGGCCGGCCUCCACUUGGAGACCGUGACUGAGGGGCUGAAGAUUUGUGAAAUCGCAGAGGUUCCGGGCCAGCCUGGCCUUUGCACUGAAGACAUCAUCGUCGCGGUCGACGGCUUGCCUUUGUGGUGGUCAGCGUGCGAGCACGACCCCAAGGCUCCGAGGCCAGAAUCUGGGGAAUCCGAAUUCAAGGAUGCCGAGAGCGAUGACGAUGCCCCAAGCGCUCGCUUCCGGGCUCGGUUUCGGCGUGGCGCGCGCCUGGACGUCUUCCGACAGAAGGCGCCCGAAGCUGCCCCAGUGCCCACGCGACAGCCCAUCCUGAGAGCACAAGUCGGGUCACGGCGUGCCGCUCGUUUCUGCUGUCCCAUCUGCUGGGAUUCCUUUGACCGCUGGAACGACUGCUUGCAGCAUCUGCGUGAACUCGGGCAUGAGCCAGAGCCACCUCCGGACCAACGACGCGAAGAAGCAGCUGCUUGUUUGCGGAGGUGGAUGUCAACGUGCAUGUCGGCCGCGCGAGGUGAGCUGCCACGACCAGCCGAUGUCAAAACCGAGGCCAAGCGGAUGCCAAGUGUUCCUCAUCCUGAGGACAAGGCUGAGACGGAAACGCUGCUCCUUCCCGCGCCCAUAGGGUUUUACGGACAGCGCAAUCGUUCGGUUAUGGAGUCGCUCGCAGAAGAGAUCUCCCGCUUCGGCUCUGAGCACGGCUGCGCAGUCUGGAUGCUGCCGGAUGGGUUGCGAGCGCAGUGCCCGCAAGGCCCUGAGGCUGCAAGCAAGAUUGCUUCCAUAGCUGCCGACCUACUCGAGAUUCUGCACUUCUACCUCCCUGACGUGGCUGACAAUGCUGAUGACGGCGCUGGCUUCGCACCCAUUCCGCAGGGUCGUGAGUACGCAGUGGAGUGGGCAGAUGACUGGGCCUCGUGGCUUGAGCAUAUGCUGCAGCAGCAGGCAGAAGAGGCUCGAGGGGCCGAAGUGGCGGAGAUGGCGGAGGCGGAGGUCGCAGGAGCAUCGCUCUUGCGAGCUGAGGCGCUCCCGUUUGUGCCACAGCAGGCCGUGGACCUGGCAGCCUUGAGGUUGCUGGUUUUGUGUGGAUUGCCCGGAAGCGGCAAGAGCACUUUAGCACAGCGGCUUGGAGGGAACUGGGUGGUCGUAAACCAGGAUUGCCUGGGCUCCCGGCAAGCUUGCAUGAAGGAAGCUCGUGCUGCCUUGAGGCGGCCAGAUGGUCGCAUUGUCAUCGAUCGAUGCAACGUCAAUGUGGCACAGCGGGCAAUUUGGACACAGCUCGCGGUCCAAGAGUUUGACUUGGAGCCCGGUCAGAUGGGUUGUGUUUGGCUGGAUGUGCCUGAUCACGAAUGUGGUCGCCGGGUGCUGCGACGCUUUGCCCACAAUACACUUCCACCACGUGAGGCAUCUCUCAAGGUAAUCCGUGGCUUUGCGAAGAAGUGGCAGGCACCAUCAGCGGAAGAGGGCUUCGCGCAUCUUUGGCGAAUUGCAUCUGAAGUGGAUGCAGAGGUGUUCUGGUCGGAGAUGUCGGCUGCUGGCCAACUGCUUCCGGACAGUCGCACCAAGGAGCCGGAGAAGCCCGCGCAAGUGCUUGGAGCCACUCCCGAGUUUCUGGCGCCGCCUUCGAGAGAAGCUCGCGCUCAAAGAGAGCCCUCAGCCGAGGAGGGAGCCAUGGAUGCAAAGCCUCGGCCCCAUGGUCGCUUCCAGCUGGAAGCUGCAAAGAUGGCGGCACCUGCAGCGCCUGCUCCGCGGCCGGAGGGUGCAGCCAGUGAAGAGUCCCUCGAGCUGGGGAAAACUGGAAGUUCGGGCGAAGCAAGUCGCAAAGUUUUUGAAUCGUGUCCAGCAGAGGUGGCAAACUGCGCCAGUCCGAUUUCGAGGACCAAAGAGGUUGUGCCGGAGCCCGCUCAGCUGGAUAGUCCAGGCCAAGCUGUGGAGUGGAUCACGAUCACCGAAUCGGUAACGACCAAGAGCUCGACGCAGAGGGCUACUCUGGAGCAAAAGCUCCAGAAGGCAAGGAGAGUGGAUGAGAUCUGCGAUCGUUGCAACUGGUAUUCCUUCAGGUGCGGCGGAUGCCUUCUCAUGCCCUCCUGCUGUGCCUCACGCUGGCCGUGGCUUCCGGAGAAUCCGAGGCCGGAAGUCGGAAGCUUGCAGUGGAUUGUGGAGAGGGCCAGAGUCAAGGAACAUCACUUCCCAGCGUCUGCAUUGCCAGACCCGAAGUUAAGCCCCAUGCCGGUAAACUCAGACUCCUUCCACAACUUGCAAAGACACGGCCUGCGGGAGCAGAGCACGAAAGCGGAGCAAGGAGCCGCCUCCGCUGAAGGACAGGCAGCGAAGUCAAAGAGAUACACGCAGGUCUCAGCUGCAGGGGCCCUCAGCUCUCACGAACUGGAGGCAGAGCUUGCCAGACUCGAGAAGCCACGACAGUUCAGUACCUUGGCGGAGCUCGAAGCGGCCGCUGGAGACAAGCUGAGGAUGUGGCAAGUCCCGCUGACGGAUGCCACCGGCCAGAUAGAGAGCGUGGAGACCAUCUGGACACAGCAAGGCGAUGCCGGGCCUGCGGGAGAAGCUGGCACAGCGGGCGUCCAGGGCCCGCCAGGCCCGCCUGGACCGCCCGGAGACGACAGCACGGCGUCCAUCGACAUGGCAGAUUCCGUGGGGCCGGAUGGGCCACCGGGGCGGGCUGGAUCGGAAGGUGACAUCGGAAAGCCCGGUCCGCAAGGAGACCCUGGCCCUGUUGGUCCCCCAGGCAGGCAGGGUGAAUUCACCGACGAGCAGAAGGCUGAGUUCGUCAAAGUUGUGCGGCAGCUGAACAAAGCCGUGAAGCAUGCGGCAGAGAUGGACAUGAUUGAGAACACAGUGCUGAAUCGCAGGCUCCAAAGGCUGAAGCAGCACUUCUUGAAAAUGCAGGCUAAUUUGACAAUGGCCGAGCACAUACUGAUGGAGCAGACAAAGCAGGUCGAAUGGAAGGUCAAGAACUUCCUGAAGACGGACGUCAAGGUAAACAAGACCAUUGCAGCUGCCAAAAAGGUGAAGGACACUGAAAUGCAGAUUCUGGCCGAGGAGGAGAAAGUCAAGGACGAGAUUGUGGAAGCCACGGCAAACGAAGCUAGCCAAGCAGAGCAGACCGUCACCGAUACGAUGGCAUCGCAAUCCCAAGGUGCCUGA